AUGCCGUCCCUUCAAGAGAGCAAAUUGGCCUUCAUUGGUGGUGGCAACAUGGCCUCCGCCAUCAUUGGUGGCCUGCUGAGCAAAGGCGUCAACAAGCAGAAUAUCUGUGUCUCCGAGCCGUGGGAUGUCAACCGCGAGAAGAUGGCCGCGCUCGGAGUGCGCACCACCACCUCCAAUAUCGAGGCUGGAGGUGAUGCCGAUUUGGUCAUCAUUGCCGUCAAGCCCCAGGUUACCAAGAGUGUGUGCGAGGAGCUCGGUGGUGCCUGGUCACCCCGCGCGACUUUGCCCGUUGUCGUCAGCAUUGCUGCGGGUAUCACCCUUGAUAGCUUGAAGGAAUGGUUGACCACGAGCGAUAGCCGUACAGCUCACACUGUUCGCGUGAUGCCCAACACCCCCGCCCUAGUCGGCGAGGGUGCUUCGGGUGCGUUCGCCAGCGCGGAUGUCACAUCGGAGGAGAAGGAGCUUGUCAAUGUUAUGCUCGGAAGCGUUAGCAAGGCUACCGAGUGGGUGGACCGCGAAUCACUUCUUGAUGUCGUCACUGGUUUGUCCGGAUCUGGACCUGCCUACUUCUUUGCCAUGGUUGAGCACCUGGUUGCAAGUGCAACUGCUCUAGGCCUCCCCGAAGAACAAGCCACUCGGUUGGCUACCCAGACAUGUCUCGGUGCUGGCAAGAUGUUGGUAGAGAGCCCCGACAGCCCGACUCAGCUGCGUAAGAACGUGACUAGCCCCAACGGCACCACACAUGCUGCUCUCGUGACAUUCGAGUCUCUCAACUUUAAGGAGAUUGUCGACAAGUCUGUCCAGGCUGCCACUGCGCGGGCUGCGGAGCUUGGAAACACCCUCGCCAAGCCAUAG